AUGAAGGUCUUCCGUGGGGCCCUGCUGCCCUUCUCAGCCUUGACAGGUAUCUUGACCUUCAUGCUUGUCUUUCUCUCCUUCGAAGACGCUAUCGCUUUGGCUCAGCAGAAUGCAAAGUGCAGCGAGGGAAACCCCUGCAAGGUUGGCUGUUACAGUAAAGACGGCUCCUGCGGCUUCACCGAAGAGCACUGCGGCGACGGCUGUCAAGGCGACUGUGACUCCAAGGCCGAGUGUGGGCAGUACGCUCCAGAGGGUGAUGAGGACUGUCCCAUCAACGUCUGCUGCAGUGAACAUGGCUUUUGCGGUGUUACCGAAGAGUUCUGUGGCGAUGGUUGUCAGCCAAAUUCCGAGGAUAGCGGUUGCGGUGACGCCCCGAGCCGGUCUUGUGAUGCAGACCCCGACCCAUUCAACCUCCCUGUUCGCGCAGCGUACUACGAACUCUUCACCCGCGGUCGAGAUUGCGGUGUCAAGGAACCGGAGGAUCUCCCCCUCGACCCCCUCACCCAUCUCCAUCUUGCAUUCGUCAACUUUGACGACAGCUGGAAGCUCUCGGACGAGCACUCGGAUUGGAUCAAGCGCACAGUCCGCCGCAAGCUUGAGUACCCCGAGCUGAAGAUCACCAUAGCCAUCGGCGGCUGGGCUUUCAAUGACCCCCCCACGCAGUACUUGUUCUCCAACAUGGCCAACAGUUACCCCAACCGCCAAAUCUUUGUGCAGUCUGUCGUGGACUUUCUACGCACUUAUGGCCUCAACGGGGUCGACAUUGACUGGGAAUACCCAGGCGCCAAGGACCGUGGCGGCGAGGACGGUGAUGUGCAGGCCUAUGCCCUCCUGCUAUCGGAUCUCCGCGAUGCGUUCGAGGAGGAAGGCACAGGAUGGGAGAUCUCCAUUGCCGUGCCCAGCAGCUACUGGUACCUCCGUGGCUUUGACCUCUUCAACCUACAGGAAUACGUCGACUACUUCAACCUCAUGUCGUACGACAUCCAUGGCAUGUGGGACCUGGAUAACGAGUGGACUGGCCCGUACCUAAAAGGCCACACUGACUGGCGCAAGAUCGAGGAAGGUCUGGAGCUUCUCUGGCGAAACUAUGUUCUUCCUGAAAAGGUCGUCAUGGGCUUUGGCUUCUAUGGGCGCUCCUUCACCAUAGAAGAUCCGUCUUGUGACGAGCCCAACGGCGUGUGCCGUGCUUCUGAUGGCGGUGCCCCUGGUUCUUGCACAGAUACGGCGGGCGUUCUCACAUACUACGAGGUUGCCAGCCGCAACGGGACCGGCGACGUGGAGACAUUCUACGACGCCACGAACACUGUCAAGUACAGCGUCUUUGGUGGCGACCAGUGGAUCUCCUAUGAUGACCAACAGUCAUUCCACGAUAAGCUGAUUCGUCUGUCUGAGAAUUGUCUCGGUGGCCUCAUGAUCUGGGCCAUUGAUCAAGACACUGCCCAGUAUGAUGCCCUCCACGGCCUUCUCGGCGAAUUCUCCACAGAUGGUCUGGACGGUGGUACUGAAGACGAGACUCUGUCUGACUAUUACGGUCAGUUCACUGGUCAAGACUGCAUGGUCACAGUCAGGUGCUCGAGCGGCAGCGUGUCCGAGACGCACGAGGAUUAUGACUGUCCAAGCGGCUACCGUGGCGUCACCCUGGCGCACAACCCGGUUCAGAGGUGGCCCUUUGAACGCGACGGUGACUGCGAGGAGGGAGAAUAUAGAGUCAUCUGCUGCCCUAAGGAGUCAAUGCCUACCGGCUGCUUUUGGAAUGGCGAGCCUGAGCGCAGUGUCAUCGGCUGCACGGGAACUUGCGGGCCUGGAUACUUUGAGCUCAACAGGGACACCCACGUCGACCAAUUUGGAGAGGAGCCAUGCUAUCAGGGUCACAUGUCUUUAUGCUGUGAGACGACAGAUAUCAUUGACGCAUGCUACUGGACUGAUUGCGAUGGUCCCUUCACUGCCUCAGAGUCACCCAGAUGUCGCGACGGGUACAAGUGGACGGCGUACCGCCAUGACAAGCCCGACGGUGACGGCCUAUGCCGCGAGACCUAUGGAGACAAUGGAAGCCCGCUCAUUGAGCCGUUCAAGAGCUCUCUAUGCUGCCCCGAAGAGUCUGCUUUUGACGAGUGCAAUUGGGCCAACGACCCCGACUCUAGCAAGGACCCAGACCCUUUCCAGGCAGGCCCGGACACCUGGUGUCGUAUCCCCCGGCCAUGUCGACAGGACCAAAUCAAGAUUGCCGAUGCCACAUAUCCUGAAGUUGUGUCUCGUCUAGGACGCAAGGAGGCCGAGUGCGACUCUAUGUCUCUGCCCUCUGGCUACGAUACGCGCAUCAACCUUUGUUGCUCGCCAAACGACAUUAUGGGGCACGAAGAGUGGCCCGUUGACCCUGAACAUCUUUGGGAAGAUGAGUUUGACGAUCCGGACACCGACGACGCUCUUUGGGAGUAUGAGAGCCAUCACAGUAACAAUGACGAAGACGACGUUCGCGAUGGUUCUCACGAUAUCGACGGCGACGACUCGUAUGGCUUCAUGAUGCUCAACGGACCUAAAGAAACUCUGGAUGAUACCUUUGGCGAGACGCACACGGUCGUCCGUGAGAAUGCGAAGAUACCAAAGGUGAAGCGCGAGAUAUUGACAUCUAAUAAGACGCUCCUCGAGUCCGUGUUUGAACAUUCGGAAGAAACCUUCCACGUCUACUGCAACCACAGGGAAGAUUCAGAAAAGUGUCAGCGUGUCUUCUUGGGAGGCGCCGAGGACACCAUCAUUCGGCUGCCAUCACAUGUCGGCGAGGGCCCCUUUGCUCGCAUUGUCUCCAUGAAAAAGGCCUCCAAAGACAUGCAACUCCCGGAUCACCAUCUGAAGCACCGUUCUACGGACAAAAUUGAGGAGAACCCAGUUUACGAGGUCAAGAUUGAUUACGAAUUCGCCACAGUUCGUCAAGACCGUGGCCACGUUAACAUUCGAGUCGAUUACACCAACCUGAUGGAGUACUGGGACGAGGUCACGUCCGCCCCGGCAAAGCGAAGCCGCAUCAAGCGCGGGCUGCCAGAGGAGACAGACGACGGGCCCUUCAGGCUCAAGCACUUUCGUGAUCGAGUGAAGCGUGCACAUGCCAACGAGCAGGCCAACCCUCUGAGGAAGCGCAGAGCGCCCCCUGUCAAAGCCACCGUCCCGAUCCACCUGGAGUCAGACGAUGCUGUAGCGUAUUCAGCGGUCGGCUCUGAAGGCAGGACCGACGACAUGGAGGCUCGGGAUGAGUCCUCAUCCAUCAGCAAGCGUUGGUGGGGAACCUUUACGAACUGGCUCAAGAAAGCGACAACGGUGCAGGAUGACAGCAAAGGCGACCUUCCACUCGACUUUGCCCAAAAGAUCAAUCUCUUCCGUCAGUCCUGGGGAUGUCCUGGAAAGGGGUACCGCGCCACUCUUCGCAUGGAUCUCGACGCCGAGUUUUCCAUGCAAGCUACGUAUGCGUACUACUACUCGGGCACCUUUGUGCCUCCCUCCAAGCCAGACGUCUUCUUCUACUUUGGUAUCGAGCCGGAGGCGUAUCUCGGACUUAGCCUGGAGGGUAAUGUGCGCUUGAACGCCACGAGCCAUCGUACAAAGAUCAUCGACACGCUCAGCUAUCCCGGUCUUGCCAUCAAGGGUAUUGCUGCCGUUGGCCCCACCCUGAAUGUGUUCGGUCAAGUCCAGGGAUUCAUCAACAUCCAGGGCAAGGCGAAAGCGGGUGCCAAGGUGAGUUUCGGCAGGGCUGAGGCAUAUUGGCCGGAGGAUGAGGCGCUUCUGGAGGAUUACGACAACAUUUUGGGUCUGGAUCUGAAGGAUGAUCCAGAUAUUCCAGAGCCUGGCCAAGUGACGCCCGUGUUUGAGUCGGGCGUGGCGAUUGAGGCUGGAUUGGACAUUAUCGUCCAGCCAGAGGCAAACGUCGGUAUCCAAGUUGGCGGCGGGAGCUGGACCGCCGGGCUCACAAUCAUUGACGCCCAGAUCACAGGCUUCGUCAAGGGGAUUGUCCAGUUCUUUGCCAGAGGCCGGACCACCAGUGGCACCAAAUGGGACUACGACUAUGGUGUAUACCUCUACUACAACGUCGGCUACAAUGCCAAGGCCACCAUUCUUGAAUGGGCAGACUGGGCGCUCGGUGCCAGAACCGCUUACAGUCCUGAUCGGAGGAUUACCAUCUUCUACGACGAGGGGACGAUUGACCUAGUAGGAAGCAAUGAUCGCCGUGACCUGCCACACCCCGACAAUGCUUCGAUGCCAGUCGUUGACAAUGGCUUCACCCGCAGACAAGCUGACGGUGAUCCUGAUAUCUCGAUGUUGACGAGUGGUGGUCAAGGGACGUGUCCCGAUGGCUCAACCCGCUCUCUCACGCUCCCAGAGCUCAAAUUUAAUUGCAAUGCCUUCCGAGGUAUUGAACUGACUGACAAUGACGGGAGGACUCUAUUCACGUCCAAAGGCCUCUGCUAUGGCUACAAGGCCGCUGACGCUGACGGUAGAGAAUUGACCCACGCCCCUGGAAUCGGCGUCAAGGCGAAAGCUGCAGAGGACGCCAGACGUGAUGCCCAGUGUCCAUCUGACUACUGCGAUGACGAGAAGGACGAGCUGCAAGAGGCGCUCGGGGUCACUCCCAAGCGUGUUCCCAAGCUUCAGUGUGAUGAAUUCCCCUGGGCAGCUAGCGAGGAGGGUGGGGACUAUGAGCCCAGCAGCAGGCGCAGCCAAACUUGUGUGCCGGGUCCGCUGAACAGGAUUGGAGGCUCCUGCGUCCGUAUGAUGAGUGAUGUCUGGUCCAACGUUGGGAAAAUGGAACCCAGUGAAGGCGAUCCAGAUAUCAGAGAAGAUGUAUGGGUACGGUGGGGAGAGACAUAUGAUUCGGACGAGGACGAUGUCUACACCUUCUGGGAGCAGGAGUACGAGCAAGAGAUCAACUCUGACACGAAAUUCUGGAUACGCCAGCGUUUGACGGCUUACACGGAGCGACAGGGCGUGCCCGCUGGACAGGAUCACACGUCUUGGAAUGACAAUCUACGCAGCUGGGUUUUCAAGCGCAACUACACCCUCAGCCUCACAGAUAGCGGCGAAAAUGGGUUCUGGGGAGCCACCGACAACACUCUCACCGGCGCCGAGCAACCCCGGUACGACAACUCGAACAACAUCCUCUGUGCUGUCAACACCUUUGGCCAGGACGAAUGGUACCGCCAGCCUCGACGGACGGAAAACUCUGCGCAGUACAACGGAAUCUGCUUUACCAGAAAGCACAAGUCGGAAGGGCGCUGGCCGGAUGUCUACGGGACGGGGAAUUGUCUGAUUACUUUUGGGCCGAGCGCUUCAUCGUCAGGGGAUGCUAAGAAGCGGAAUGCAGGGUGGGACAUCAAGCACAUUGAGUAUCUCACGGGCGACGAUGCCGACGAGCAGCUCUGGGACGCCAAGGACCUCUUUGGUCCCUCGGGAGAGCCGACCUACCCCCUGGACUUGCCCGUGGAAAACUACGGCGGGCCGCGAUCCGAAUCCAUGGCGGAGGCUGCUCGAGAAGAGCCAAGUGCACUGCUGAUGAGCGAUGAUGGGGAGAUUGAUUCGUUUUCGGCGAAUGUGAGAGAUGCCAAGCUGGACGGGAAAUGAACGCACAUUGGUAGAGUAUGAAUCCAUGUGUCCUUAAAUAGAUUGAGCCUAUAGGUUUCUAUCAUCUCACUUUAGAGAACUGAUGCCGGAAGUAGACAUAUAAAAACAUCUAGUGAUAAAGAUCGGGUUCCAUCCGGCGUGAGGGCCACGGGGGAUCAAGAUCUACCCAGAAGCUCAUUCUUGUACCAUUCUUCGUGCUCUCUCGCGGUAAGAGGGAAAAACUUCAAGUUCUGGAUACCAUGCUCCUCUAAGAACUCUUCACCACCCUCAACAGGCCAGACGUACUGGAUAGCCUGGCGUCCACCUCGAGUCCUCAGUACCAUGUGCUCAGUGAUCUGUUCAGCUGAGUCAAGCUUCCGGUAGAC